AUGUGCAUCGGUGACCCGAUCGCAGCCAGCACAAGAAGUUCAAACCGAUCUAAUAUGCCAAAUAUUUCUCAUUGUUUCAGGUUACAUCAUCCGGGCUGGUGUGCUUUCAUCAUCGCGGUGGCACAGACAAUUGCCAUCCUUCACCUUGCACAGCAAACUUCGGGAAUUACCACGGUUUCACCGGUCAGUUUUCAACCGAACAACGCCAGCAGCACACACGGCCUUCCUUCGACGGCCGCCACCGGAUCCCUGACCACUGCCAGCCGGCCCGCCCCAGGCUCCAAUGGUUCUCCCAACGCCCACCAUAACCCUUCAUCUACGGUGGCGCCAAAGGUGCAGCGCAAGCGGGGCAGCAUCAGCGGCGGAAAGAAAAAUGUCGUCGUGCAGCAGCCGACCGCCGGCGGUGGACCGCUGGACAGCGCCAACAAUUCCCGCGAGGCACUCUCCCACGAGGGCAGCGAACCGGUGGUGUACGUUUCGGACACGUCCGGCUACAUCCCACUGACGGCACUGCAGUCAUCGCACCAGCGACUUCCUCCACCACCACCACCACAGCCCUCGGUCUACGGUGGAGACAUCGAUGCAGCGGCCUGGCGGCCCGAUCCUUGGGACCGGGACUACAAUCGGCGGUACCGAUUCAACAACACGCGUGUGCAACACAUCGAAGCCGAGUGUCAAGAUGAUUACAUGAAGAUACGCAUUGGAUUCAACGGUUCCUUUAAUGGACUACUUUACUCCUCUGGCUACGCGUACGAUCCAGACUGUAUGUACAUUAACGGUUCCGGUCGCGAUUACUACGAGUUCUUCAUCCAGCUGAACCGUUGCGGAACACUGGGAAAGAAUGCGAUCGGCGAGGAUAGCCGCAAGAAUCCAACGAAAAACUUCAUGUGGAACACGGUGACGGUGCAGUACAAUCCGCUGAUCGAGGAGGAAUUCGACGAGCACUUCAAGGUGACUUGCGAGUAUGGCUACGACUUCUGGAAAACGGUGACAUUUCCCUUUCUUGACGUCGAAGUCGCAACGGGAAACCCGGUAGUGUUCACCCUCAGCCCACCGGAGUGCUACAUGGAGAUCCGGAACGGAUACGGAACGAACGGGGCGCGGGUAACGGGACCGGUGCGUGUUGGCGACCCGCUCACGCUGAUCAUCUACAUGCGCAGCAAGUACGACGGCUUCGACAUCGUGGUGAACGACUGCUUCGCCCACAACGGGGCCAACAAGAGGAUCCAGCUGAUCGACGAGUAUGGGUGCCCCGUGGACGAUAAGCUGAUUUCGCGAUUCCGUGGCAGCUGGUCGGACACUGGGGUGUUCGAGACGCAGGUGUACGCGUACAUGAAGACGUUCCGCUUCACCGGCUCGCCCGCCCUCUACAUCGAGUGCGAUGUUCGCAUGUGUCACGGACGGUGCCCGAGUCAACCCUGUCACUGGAGAAACCUGAAGGGCGUCUCGAAGCGUGAGGCCGUUCAACCGGCCGUCAACACGACACUCUCGGACAACAUCAGCCUCUUUCAAGCGUUGCGCGUACUGCAGGAGGACGACGAGGAGGCGCGUGCCAAGAAGGAAUCGAUCACCUCGGCAAAACCUCAACAAGAUAUGUCGGAGACAUGCAUGAAAACGUCCGUCCUGUCGGCUCUGCUGGCCACGUGCUGCGUGCUACUUUGCGUGCUCGGUGGAUCGCUCCUAGCCGCGUGCGGAAAGCUGCGACACCGCAAGAAGGAUGCCGCCUUCUUCGACAACUACGUCGGCCACAAGGCACAGCUGGAUUGA